GAAUAUUUAUUUGCAGGUCAAUUCCACACAUGUCCUCUGAGGUGGACGUUCAAGUGAUGAACAGGGGCCUACUUUCAGACGAGUUUAUUGGAUAUGCAUCAAUCCCUUUAAAACAGUAUGACGUCUAUGAAAGGCCGAAAAGCCAUUGGGUUCAACUAGGUCAAAAGCCCAGUAAGCUUCCUGAUGGCCUUGGGGGGGAGAGCCGAGGACGAUUGGAUUUUCUUAUCAUAUUUUUGGUUAUAUAUGUUUUAGGUGACAAGUUUUCUAGAAGGCUUUCAUUGCGUGGUUCUCGAGAAUUCUCUACCCCACAGCCACACAAGCCAUUCAAGAACGUCUCUACUAAAACUACCCCGUACUCGGGAGGUAUCUCGCCCACCAAUAAUCCGGUUCAAUUUGAAGCGGUUGACCUGUAUGUACCGGAACAGUGCUGGAGAGAAAACGAUUUUGAUAAUGACCUGUUGAAAGGUGGUGAUCAGACAGGAGAUGGAAAUUUUGCCAGGAGUUACAGCUUGACGAGCGAUAAAAGACGGAAUAAUAAAGAUUUUAAAAGCAGGUCAUUAAUGGAACUGCCUGGUGAAAGAUCUUUUACACUUCCAAGUCGAGGUCGCAGUAGACAACGACCUUCAUUAGAUGACAGUGCACUUGGACAGUCGCACACAAGUUCACGAAGUUCGAGAAGUUCACGUAGUUCUGUUACAUCACAUGAUGGAUAUUUAGAGAACAUGUUCAGAAAGGAAUGUGAAGUAGACGAUAGAAUGAACGAUAUAUAUAAUGACAAUAUACAAGAAGAAUCGGAAGACGAAUACGAUCAGUCUCGUAGACGUUCCGCACAAGUUUUUGACGAGUCACUCGGAAGUGAUAGCCAGUCCGAACUUUCUGAAUCAGAUUCUGAUAACGAGCAAAUCACUUUACCGAAGGUAAAAUUGAAAAACAGUGUUAGUGCUCCGAUUGAAGGAAGUGUUAGUGAGAACAACGAAUUACUGAAAAUGAACGGUGAAGAGACGGACGAAUCUAAAGGAAUUCACGCUGCCGUUAGUCAAUGUCAUAGUUUAGACAGUGAAACAGGUAACAGAAAUAGACAUUCAAGUGAAGUGUUUGACGGUACGGUUAGUCCUAGUGAAUAUACAUCAGAACUGGAUCGUGUAAUAGCUCGAGAACAAAGUAGAAAUAAAUCCAAUACCUUAAAUUCGCAAGGUACAAGUGACGGACACACAUCCUCGCAUACGUCUUCCAGCAGUAUAGGUUAUCAGGGGAAAUCUGCUGCUGAGAGGGCCUUUGAUCGGGGGUCCACAGACUCUGUGUCAGCUGGGUCACGAAAAAAGAUUUCCCCCCAUGGAGAAUUUAGUUUCACGUCACAAACUUCAAAUGAAGAAACAAAGCCACAACGAAAAAAAUCCAAGCAAUAUGUCAAAGGAGGGAGGCGAUUCACUGUGCAAGGCCUUGAAGGAUUACCGUCCCACCGAUCGGCACCGGACAUCCGAGACCAGCGUCAGCAAUUAACCAGGGAGGAGUCAAUACCGGGUGAUCUGAUGGCUGUAUAUAGAAAUAUGAAUAGAGAGGAGUUAAUAAAGCUGGUAGUCACCCAUAAAGCACAGUUGAUAAGAAAGGACCAGUACAUAAAGGAGCUUGAAAGUUACAUAGACAACCUUCUAGUCAGAGUUAUGGAAAGCUCACCACGCAUUCUUCAGAGUUUAUGAGUCUUCUCAAGCAUAAUACAUGGAAUACAGUGAAACCUGUGACCUUUGUAACUGCUUAGUUUACAGAGUUCAUGAAUUCUCUACAAUUCCACCAUGGAAGUUUAUGAGUCCUCUACAUUUAUUACAAUGUUUAUAAUGCACUCUUCAUAAUUUAACGUAGUUCAUAAACUCUAGAUGUAUUAAAGAAUUUAUGAACUCUACAUAAUUAGGUAAUUCAGUUCAUGAACUCUCUGAAUGUAUUAUUGUUAAUAACCUCUCUUUUUUGUAAGAGAGUUUUAUGAACUCUUUAAAAUUUAUGAGCUCUUUAAACUUUAUAAAAGAAGGUGGAUAAGUAAUUAUGUUCAUAAACUCUGUGAAUGCAUUAUACUUUAUAUGCUCUGUUUAUAUGUAAAAGAUUUUUAUGAACUCUUUAAGAUUUAUGAAAAAAGUGUAUGAGAAAUUAAGUUCAUGAACUCUCUGAAUGCAUUAUAGUUUAUAAGCUCUCUUUAUUUUUAAAAGAGUUUUAUAAACUCUCUGGAGCUCUCUGUAUAUUGAAACAUUUUUCUUUCUCUUAAGAUUUAUAAAAAAGUUUAUGACCUUUCUUAAUACGGAAUUUGGUUAGUGAACUUUUUAGAGCUGACUUUAUGAACUUUUUCCAUGUGUUCCCAGGGAAAAAGAAAACAUGUAUGUAAGAAUUUUAAUGUUGAUUUAUUAUACUGUAAUAAAAAAAACUUAUGCAUUUAAUAUUCUAUAGUGCCUUUGAAUAUUUGAAUCUGGCUGCUUAUUUUUUUUUUGGUAUCUUGUUUUUUAUACAGUAUUUUAUUGUCUACAAUAAUGCAUCAUUCCAUUUAACAAUGUUAUGAUUGGUUGAAAACUUUAAGGGUUGUAUAUUAUUAGUUCUACACAUUUUACCUGGUUAUAUGGCAAGCAAUUAUAUGAUGCAAGCAAUUAAUUAUGACCUGAGUUGCAAGAUGAGGGUAACAAGCAUCUUGUCACCUUAGUGCAGUAAUGGGUUAAGUCCUUUUUAAUUUAAUAGGAGUUAACCAGUUAUUGCACUAAGGUGACAAUCUGUUUAUAAACACCUUUAUAACCUGUCAAAGGUCUUUAUGAUAAAUUUUUCAUACUGCACAAAAUUGUGUUGUGAGAAACACUUUAGAUCUUCUUUCACCAGUAAGACUAAAAAGUUCCCAUCCAUGUCCACACCCCACCCACACUGCCUACAAAAUUCAAUAUUUUUUAUUUAAACUAUCAUUCCUUGAUAUAUUAUUGAUGUAUUUACUAAAAAUAUGACAAGUUUUGAUAAAAGUAGAUUGAGAAGAUGUAUAAAAAGUGGGGUUUUAAAAAUGAUAAUACUCGACUACUAAAUGCCCUGAAUUGUUGAUUAUUGCUGAUUAAGAGCCGAUUAUUGCCCAGAGGACUUUCUAAACAAUGUAAGUGCAAUGUUUAGUUAAUGUUUUGUCUGUUUAUAGUUAGGGUUGGUAACAACAUUAUUUAAGGUGUAUGACUGUGGAUGUGUGUAGGUUUGAUCUUAAUCACCUUAGUGCAGUAAUGGGUUAAGUACUUCUAGAUUGAAUAGGAAUUAACCAGUUAUUGCAGUAAGGGAUACAAUAUAUGAAUUUUAACUUAUUUUAGUGACAACAAUGACUUUUAUAAAGUCAUAUCUGAGCCCUUGUACCUAUAAUGGACUGUUCCAAUCUUAUAGUAGACAGAUCUAUUAGUUACUUUAAGCAGGGUGAGGGUUAAACCAUAAUCUGAUUAAUUUCAUAAUGGACUUGUCCAGCUUCCAUUUGUUGUAGAACAGUCCAUUACCAUUUUUUAGGGAUGUAGAGAUAAAAAUUUAAAGUUAGCUAACGGUAUAGAGCCUGGUCAGACUACAUGGAAGUGCAGGCUGGCCUGGUUUGAUACUGCUUACAAAGGGCUAUCACUCAAGUUUCCAUAAGGUUAGGGUUAUUAAAGUUUUAUUAUAUCAAAAUUAAUGUAUUCAAAUUACCUCUGAAAAUAUAAAAUUUGUUACAACUUCUAUGUUUUUUUCCAUAUAAUUUUAUGUAUUAGUACUUUAGAUUGAUUAUUUUGUUAUUAUGUUUAAAAAAUAGAGAGAUUGUAUGACUUAUAAUUAGUUAUUCUAUUUUUAUACUGUUAUAGUUUUAUUUUGAUGUAUUUAUUUUUUAAGAGAUCUGUUUCAAUAAGCAUUUAUUGAUUUUGAACAGCUGUUUUGGUGUUUAUAAUUGUUAAGCUACCACAUUGACAUAGACAGAUUUGAGGCAAGUGUUUUUGUCAUAUCUGAUUGGCUGUUUCUUCUGUCCAUUUUUCUUAAGUAAACUUGUAACCCUAGAAUUGAUAUGCUAUAUAAACUCCAUACUUGACCUCAGCUUGUCUUUGAAUGAGAUCUGUCUUAUUAUAUUUAUAUCAAUUCUUGACCUUUAAUUGACCUUAACCUUUAGGGUCAAUUUUAAUUUUCAGAAUGCAUAAAAUUUCACCAUAACUUCAUUUUUUGUUACAUUUUGAAUG